AUGGAGGGUGACACAUUCUCAGGACUUGGCAAUGGUACCCAGGUAGACGGCAAGAUCUUGCAGACUUUUCAAAAGAACUUUGAUCAGGUCCAAAAUAUCUUGGAUCAGAAUAGGCUUCUCAUUAAUGAGAUAAACCAGAACCAUGAAUCCAAGAUCCCUGACAACCUGAGCAGAAAUGUGGGUCUGAUAAGGGAGCUCAACAACAAUAUCAGGAGGGUAGUUGACCUUUAUGCUGAUCUUUCUACCUCUUUCACCAAAUCCAUGGACGCUUCUUCUGAGGGGGAUUUUAGUGGUGCUUUGAAACCUGAUGGCAAAGCUGGCCACAAGAGAAAUAGACCUGCAUAG